AAAAUGACUACAAAACGAAGCUUGUUUGUGCGGCUGGUCCCAUGUCGUUGUCUACGAGGGGAAGAGGAGACUGUAACUACUCUGGAUUAUUCACACUGCAGUUUGGAACAGGUUCCCAAAGAGAUUUUUACUUAUGAAAAGACCUUGGAAGAGCUCUACUUAGAUGCUAAUCAGAUCGAAGAGCUUCCCAAGCAACUUUUUAACUGUCAGUCGCUACAUAAACUGAGUUUGCCAGACAAUGAUUUAACAACAUUACCAGCAUCCGUUGCAAAUCUCAUUAAUCUCAGGGAACUGGAUGUCAGCAAGAAUGGAAUACAAGAGUUUCCUGAAAAUAUAAAAAAUUGUAAAGUUUUGACAAUUGUGGAGGCCAGUGUAAACCCUAUUUCCAAGCUUCCUGAUGGAUUUUCUCAGCUGUUAAACCUAACACAGUUAUAUCUGAAUGAUGCUUUCCUUGAGUUUUUGCCAGCUAAUUUUGGCAGAUUAACUAAACUUCAAAUAUUAGAACUUAGAGAAAAUCAGUUGAAAAUGUUGCCAAAAACCAUGAAUAGACUGACCCAGCUGGAAAGAUUGGAUUUGGGAAGUAAUGAAUUCACAGAAGUGCCUGAAGUUCUUGAGCAGUUAAGUGGAUUAAAAGAAUUUUGGAUGGAUGGUAAUAGACUCACUUUUAUUCCAGGGUUUAUCGGUAGUUUGAAACAGCUUACAUAUUUGGAUGUUUCUAAAAAUAAUAUUGAAAUGGUUGAAGAAGGAAUUUCAACAUGUGAAAAUCUUCAAGACCUCCUGUUAUCAAGCAAUUCACUUCAACAACUGCCUGAGACUAUUGGUUCGUUGAAGAAUGUAACAACUCUAAAAAUAGAUGAAAACCAAUUAAUGUAUCUACCAGACUCUAUAGGAGGGUUAACAUCAGUAGAAGAACUGGAUUGUAGUUUCAAUGAAAUUGAAGCUUUACCCUCAUCUGUUGGGCAGCUUACUAAUAUAAGAACCUUUGCUGCAGAUCAUAAUUAUUUACAACAGUUACCACCAGAGAUUGGAAGUUGGAAAAAUAUAACUGUGCUGUUUCUUCAUUCUAAUAAACUUGAGACACUUCCAGAGGAAAUGGGUGAUAUGCAAAAAUUAAAAGUCAUUAAUUUAAGUGACAAUAGGUUAAAGAAUUUGCCCUUUAGCUUUACAAAGCUGCAGCAAUUGACUGCUAUGUGGCUCUCAGAUAAUCAGUCCAAACCCCUGAUACCUCUUCAAAAAGAGACUGAUUCAGAGACCCAGAAAAUGGUGCUUACUAACUACAUGUUCCCCCAGCAGCCAAGAACUGAGGAUGUUAUGUUUAUAUCAGAUAAUGAAAGUUUUAACCCUUCAUUGUGGGAAGAACAGAGGAAACAGCGGGCUCAAGUGGCGUUUGAAUGUGAUGAGGACAAAGAUGAAAGGGAGGUACCUUGCAAGGAAGGAAAUUUAAAGAGAUAUCCAACACCAUAUCCAGAUGAACUUAAGAAUAUGGUCAAAACAGUUCAAACUAUUGUACAUAGAUUAAAAGAUGAAGAAACCAAUGAAGACUCUGGAAAAGAUAUGAAACCACAUGAAGACCAACAAGUUGUAAAUAAAGAUGUUGGUGUGAAGACUUCAGAAAGUACUACUCCAAUAAAAAGUAAAGCUGAGGAAAGAGAAAAAUAUAUGAUAGGGAACUCUAUACAGAAGGUCAGUGAACUUGAAGCUAAGAACAGCCCUGUCACUGCACAUGUGAAAGUCUCUGAGAACUUGAAGCAUAUUGUUAAUCACCGUGAUGUUUUUGAGGAAUCUGAAGAACUUUCUUCUGAUGAAGAGAUGAAAAUGGCAGAGAUGCGGCCACCAUUAAUUGAAACCUCUAUUAACCAGCCCAAAGUGGUAGCACUCAGUAAUAACAAAAAAGAUGAUACAAAGGACACAGAUUCUUUAUCAGAUGAAGCUACACACAAUAGCAAUCAGAACAACAGCAAUUGUUCUUCUCCAUCUCGAAUGUCUGAUUCGGUGUCUCUUAAUACUGAUGGUAGCCAAGACACCUCACUCUGCUCUCCAGGGAAAGAAACUCAUAUUGGUAUUAAUUCCAAAAUCAGGCAAGAAGAUGAAAAUUUUAAUAGCCUUUUGCAAAAUGGAGAUAUUAUAAACAGUUCAACAGAGGAAAAAUUCAAGUCUCAUGAUAAAAAAGAUUUAAACAUCCCUGAAUAUGAUUUGAACAUUGAAGAACGAUUAGUUCUGAUUGAGAAAGGUAUUGACUCAACAGAUACAUCUGAUGAAUCUCACAAAUUAGACCAUAUCAAUAUGAAUCUUAAUAGACUUAUAACUAAUGAUACAUUUCAGCCAGAAAUAGUGGAAAGAUCAAAGACACAGGAUAUAGUACUUGGAAUGGACUUUUUAAGCAUAAAUGCUAAAGGAGAAGUUGAACACUUGGAAUCCCUUAAUAAGGUAAAUGGACACUCUGAGGAAACUCCACAGUCUCCCAGGAGGACUGAGCCAAUUGGCACUGAUUCUUCUGUUGAUGUGGGUAUUUCCAAAAGCACUGAAGAUCUCUCCCCACAGAGAAGUGCACCAAUUGGGUCUGUUGUGAAAUCUCACAGCAUAACUAAUAUGGAGACUGGAAGACUAAAGAUCUAUGACAUUCUUAGUGAUAAUGGACCUCAGCAGCAUAGUGCAACAGUUAAAGUAACAUCUGCCAUUGACGGAAAAAAUAUCGUAAGAAGCAAAUCAGCCACACUUUUGUAUGAUCAACCAUUACAAGUAUUUGCAGGUUCCUCCUCCUCUUCUGAUUUGGUAUCAGGUACCAAGGCGAUUUACAAGUUUGAUUCAAAUCAUAAUCCUGAAGAGGCAAACAUUACAAGAGGCCCCACAACAUGUGGCCCACAAUCUGUGACUCAAAUGUAUGGUCCUCCACAAUAUAAUAUCCAAUACAGUAGUAAUAGUAGUGCUACAGCUAAAGACACUUUGUGGCACUCCAAACAAAAUCCCCAAAUUGAUCAUGUCAAUUCGCCUCCUCAGCGCCUUCCUAGAUCAGAGAGCAUAGAAAGUCACAAUUAUGUUAAACAUUCUGCAAAUCUGAAUUUCUCUAAUCAUAAUAAUGUUCGAGCUAAUACUUCAUACCAUUUACAUCAGAGACUUGGCCCAGCAAGACAUGGGGAAAUGUGGGCUAUCUCACCUAAUGACCGACUGAAUCCUGGAGUAACUCGGCCUACAAUUCAGCGACAAAGUAGUGUGUCCUCAGCAGCCUCAGUAAAUCUUGGUGAUCCAGGUCCAACAAGGCGGGCCCAAAUUCCUGAAGGAGAUUAUUUGUCAUACAGGGAAUUACAUUCAGUGGGAAGAACUCCACCAAUGUUGUCAGCAUCUCAGAGACCUCUUUCUGCACGAACAUACAGCAUUGAUGGCCCAAAUGCACCAAGACCGCAGAGUGCUCGACCCUCUGUUACUGAAAUACCAGAGAGAACUAUGUCAGUUAGUGAUUUCAAUUAUUCACGGACUAGUCCUUCAAAAAGACCAAAUGCAAGGGUUGGUUCUGAGCAUUCUUUAUUAGAUCCUCCUGGAAAAAGUAAAGUCCCUCAUGACUGGCGAGAACAAGUACUCCGACACAUCGAGGCCAAAAAGUUAGAAAAGAAGACUCCCCAGACAUCCAGUCCAGGAGAUCCUUGUCAAGAUGAUGUAUUCAUUUCAGGACAGCAUAACUACUCGUCUGCUACACUUAGUCACAAAGAUGUUCCACCAGACAGCCUGAUGAAAAUGCCUUUGAGUAAUGGACAGAUGAGCCAGCCUCUCAGGCCUCAGGCAAAUUAUAGUCAAAUACAUCACCCCCCUCCUCAGGCAUCUGUGGCAAGGCAUCCCUCUAGAGAACAACUAAUUGACUACUUGAUGCUGAAAGUGGCCCACCAGCCUCCAUAUACACAGCCUCUUUGUUCUCCUAGACAAGGCCAUGAACUGGCAAAGCAAGAGAUUCGAGUAAGGGUUGAAAAGGAUCCAGAACUUGGAUUUAGCAUAUCUGGAGGAGUUGGGGGUAGAGGAAAUCCAUUCAGACCCGAUGAUGAUGGUAUAUUUGUAACAAGGGUUCAGCCUGAAGGACCAGCAUCAAAAUUACUGCAACCAGGUGAUAAAAUUAUUCAGGCGAAUGGCUACAGUUUUAUCAAUAUUGAACAUGGACAAGCAGUGUCCUUGCUAAAAACUUUCCAGAACACAGUAGAACUCUUCAUUGUACGAGAGGUUUCCUCAUAA